ACCCAACCUCCCAGCGAGCGGCAGACGGCACUGAAGCUCAAUGCACCUUGUCCUCGCCCAUCCGCUCUUCUAAACCUGGAGCACUCUAUUUUUUUUCCUCGUCAAUCCGAUUGCGGCUCCUCAACGUGCGCAACGCGGCCAGAUCGAUCCCAACACUAAGGAUCACCUCCACGCUUGUCUAGUGCCGUCUGCAGUAGCUCCAGCCUCGAGCUCGAAGCUCUGCUAGUCGCCGGGACCCUCAGUCAGCUGUUCCCUCAAAACCGCUGCGCAGCCCUCCACACCUCGCUGGAAACAUCCUCGCAGACGCAAUGGCAACAGAAGCAAGAGACGUCAGCAAUCACGUCCUCUUUGAGGUCGCGACCGAGGUCGCCAACAGAGUGGGCGGCAUUUACUCUGUCCUCAAGUCAAAAGCUCAGGUGACCACGGCCGAGUAUGGCGCAGCUUACACCCUGAUCGGACCAUGGAACAGGGCCUCGGCGCAAGUCGAAGUCGAGCCCAUCGAGCCCAAGGACCCCGCUCUGAUAGCCACCAUCAAGUCGAUGGACGAGCGGGGCAUCAAGAUGCUGUACGGGCGCUGGCUCAUUGACGGCGCUCCUCGUGUAUUGCUCUUCGACACCGGCACAGGCUACAGGUGGCUCGACGAGUGGAAGGGCGACCUGUGGUCCUCGGCCGGUAUUCCCUCGCCUCCUGGCGACUCCGAGACCAAUGAGGCCAUUGUGUUUGGUUACCUCGUCGCAUGGUUCUUGGGCGAGUACACCUUCCACGAGAAGAAGCGCGCUAUCAUCGUGCAAUUCCACGAGUGGCUCGCCGGUGUCGCAGUGCCUCUCUGCAAGAAGCGCCGCAUUGACGUGACCACCAUCUUCACCACUCACGCCACCCUCCUGGGCCGCUACCUGUGCGCCGGCUCGGUCGAUUUCUACAACAACCUGCAAUACUUCGACGUCGAUGCUGAGGCUGGAAAGCGUGGUAUCUACCACCGCUACUGCAUAGAACGCGCAGCAACACAUUCGGCUGAUGUGUUCACCACCGUUUCUCACAUCACCGCCUACGAGAGCGAGCAUCUUCUGAAGCGCAAGCCCGACGGCGUCCUGCCCAACGGUCUGAACGUCAAGAAAUUCUCGGCUACUCACGAGUUCCAGAACUUGCACCAACAGUCCAAGGUCAAGAUCAAUGACUUCAUUCGAGGUCAUUUCUAUGGUCACAACGAUUUCGACCCCGACAAGACCCUCUACUUCUUCACGGCCGGACGAUACGAAUACCGUAACAAAGGUGUGGACAUGUUCAUCGAGUCUUUGGCUCGAUUGAACCACAAGAUGAAGAACGAGAACUCAGACAUGACUGUUGUGGCUUUCAUCAUUCUGCCUGCGCAGACCACUUCGCUGUCCGUAGACUCGCUGAAGGGCCAAGCUGUCAUCAAGUCCCUGCACGACACUGUCGACAACAUUGCUGAAAACGUUGCCAAGAAGCUAUUCGAGCGCUCGUUGACCUGGACUGAAGGCCAGGAGCUGCCCGAGGACAAGGAUCUACUUUCGCCUCAGGACAAGAUCUUGCUUCGUCGCCGACUGUACGCCAUGAAGAGGCACAACCUGCCACCUAUUGUCACACACAACAUGGCCAACGACUCAGAGGACCCGGUGCUGAACCAGCUCCGAAGAUGUCAGCUUUUCAACCACCCCUCAGACCGUGUCAAGGUUGUGUUCCACCCCGAGUUCCUGAACUCUGCCAACCCAGUCCUCCCCCUCGACUACGACGACUUCGUCCGCGGAACACAUCUCGGUGUCUUCUCGUCAUACUACGAGCCAUGGGGCUACACACCCGCCGAGUGCACGGUCAUGGGCGUUCCUAGCAUCACAACCAACCUGUCAGGCUUCGGUUGCUAUAUGGAAGAGCUCAUUGAGAACGCUCAGGACUAUGGUAUCUACAUCGUGGACCGCAGAACAAAGGGCGUCGACGACUCGGUCAACCAGCUUGUCGACUUCAUGUUCGACUUCACAAGGAAGAGCAAGCGCCAGCGUAUCAACCAGCGCAACCGAACCGAGCGUCUGAGUGACCUGCUUGACUGGAAGCGCAUGGGCCUGGAAUACGUCAAGGCCCGACAGCUUGCGCUGCGGAGAGCGUACCCGAACGCAUACGAGGACGACGAUGAGCCCGACUUCUUCAGCGCUAACGAGGCUAAGAUCUCGAGGCCAUUGUCAGAGCCUGGGUCUCCUCGAGACCGCUCGGGUAUGAUGACUCCCGGCGACUUCGCCUCGCUGCAGGAGGGUCGCGAAGGACUCAGCACCGAAGACUACAUUGCGUGGAAGCUCCCCGAGGAGGAAGAGACGGACGAAGUUUUCCAGUUCCCGCUCACCCUCAAGCCGAAGAAGGGCAACGGCUCCGGAGCCGCGACACCGACACUGGAGAAGGCCAAUGGGGCAGAGUAAGGAUGUAUAUGGAGGUGCUUGGGUGCGAGACGUUGCAUUGUCUAUCAUAUGUUGUUUCCUUUCCGUUUUGCUACACACCAUCAUUACUGCAUGAAGAGUCUCGUGCGAUGCGUUACGAUGUACUACCAGAUCUGUCAAUACUAUGUCGAACCCAACAGUGGUCUUUGAUCCCUGCGUGCGGGCACCACGUGGGUGGCGCCCGGGUG